AUGGGUGCCCCGGAGAAGGACCUCUUCUAUUGUCCCGUCGAAAAGAGACGGAACAAACUGAAUAUCGGGCUCAUGCGACACGCAAAGCCGAAUUUGGACGCGUUCUGGACCGCCGUUGACAGACAUCAGCCUGUGAAGUGCGGGAUGACCAGACGCAAUGCGACUCUUUUUACCCUCUACCGAAUGCCCGGAAAGCUUCAGAGGACGCCGGAGUGGGUCGAGCCUACCAAGAAACCUGGGCCCAAGAAGAAGCAUAAAGCUCGCGGACAGGCAACGGUUCCUGAAACCCCAGUGGAGGAACGGGCACCCACUCCACAGGUCGAUACCCAGCCCACCUUCAAUUUUGAUAAGCGUUCUUUGAAGGUCUUCUCGACCCUUUUCUUUCAACCCUCGCAAACAGCUCAGCCGGGAGAGGUUGCCUGGAAUGACUUUCUGCAUGCUAUGAGUGGCACGGCAUUCUCGGUGCAGAAGCUGUACGGUUCCGUGUGGCAGUUUAGUCCGAGGAACUUGGAUGUCGAGCGCAGUAUCCAGUUCCAUGAACCGCACACGAUAUCGAAGAUUCCUUUCCAGUAUGCCAGACGUGUUGGUAGGCGGUUGAAUCGGACAUAUGGUUGGCAUGGUGGGAUGUUCUAUGCCGCUUAG